AUGGAGGAUUAUAACUGGGAGGUUGGGACUUACUUCACUGAAAAGGAACACUUCACUGAUGCAAUUAGAACUUAUGGGGUGCACAAUGGGAGGAAGCUGAAAAUAUUUAGAAAUGACAAAAGAAGAAUUUGUGUUAAGUGUUUAGGUGCGAAGGGUAAGUGCAAGUGGUAUGCCUACUGUGCUUUCAAGGCUGCCCAAAGCACUUGGCAAUUGAGGAAAAUAAUAAACAAGCACACUUGUAGCCGUGAAUUCAAUGUGAGGCUAAUGACUUCUAAAUGGUUGAGUGGACGGUUGGAGAAGACAUUAAGAGACAAUCCAGGUGUUAAAUUAACUGCCUUGAAAAAUAAGAUUGGAAGGAAAUGGAAUAUAGGUGUUUCUAGGUCUAUGACCUUCAGGGCAAGGACAAUGGCAUACACAAACAUAGAUGGCUCAUUUAGGGAACAAUAUAAACGCAUUUAUGAUUAUGCAAAUGAACUUUUAAGGUCCAAUCCGGGGUCAACUGUAAAAGUUCAUGUUGAAGAGAAUGAGGGGAACCCAAUAUUCAAAAGACUUUAUGUUUGUCUGAAGGCCUACAAAGACAGUUUUGUGUCUUGUAGGCCCAUAAUUGGUGUAGAUGGUUGUUUUUUGAAGGGCAAAUAUGGUGGUGAGUUGUUGACAGCUGUAGGAAGAGAUGGAAAUGACCAGAUGCUCCCUUUGGCAUACGCAGUAGUUGAGGUUGAAAAUAAGGAGACAUGGAAUUGGUUUUUGGAUUUAUUGAUUGGAGACCUUGGUGGGCCUGAACUUUGCUGCACUUAUACAUUUAUUUCAGAUCAACAAAAAGGACUGCUCCCAGCAUUGCAAGAAUUGUUACCUGGUGUGGACCAAAGGUUUUGCGUGAGGCACAUCUACUCUAAUUUCAGGAAGAAAUUUCCUGGGAAAAAUCUGAAGUUGUUGUUAUGGAAAGCAGCCUACUGCACACAUCCUCAAGCAUGGGAGGCAGUCAUGAGGGAAAUUAAAGAAGUUAAUCUGGACGCAUUCAAACACUUGUUUUGGUCUAGGUCCAGAUUUACAGCCACACCUGCAUGUGAUACACUGGUGAAUAAUAUGUCUGAGGGGUUCAACAGUACAAUUGUGGACGCAAGGAGCAAACCAAUUAUAAGUAUGAUGGAAGAAAUUCGGAUUUAUCUCAUGAAGAGAUGGGCAAGCAAUAGAAAGAGGAUUAGUACAUUUGAAGGUACAAUCUGCCCACGAAUUAAGAAGAGGAUGGAAGAGGAGGCAAAAAAGAAUAAAUAUUGGCUCCCAAGCUGGUCAGGACAAAGAUUAUUUGAGGUCAGUCAUAGGUCAAUGAUUGGAGAACAAUUUGUGGUUGACAUUGACAAACAUGAAUGCAGCUGUAGAAAGUGGACCAUAACAGCAAUCCCAUGCUGCCAUGCGCUGACUGCUAUUAGAUUUUUAAAUCUGAAUGCUGAAGACUUCCUUCCACAUUGGUUUCUUGCAUCUACACAAAUUGGCCACAAAAGAACAAGCUGCCCACAUGCUCCUCCUGCACCAGCAGAAACUGGUCCAUCUGGAACACAACAAAACACACCUGCAGACCCUACUCAACCAAGCCAGAGCACUCCACAAACUGACCAUACUCAACCAAGUCAGCCUAUUCCACCAACUCAGUGUACUCAACCAAGUCAGACUACAGAAGUCUCACAGCCACAGAAUCAUACUCUUCCAACACAAGCAAGUCAAACUCUACCAACACAAGCAAGUCAGACUACUGCAGUCCAUCAGAUGCAGUCUACUACAAUAGCAGCCUACAGAGAAAAAUUGUCCUUCAGGAGGGGCCCAAUUUAA